GCCGGCCUCGGCGGGCGGAGCCCGGGUCGCGGCCUCUUUGUCUCCAGGGCGGCAGGCGCGUCCCCGGGGCUCGGGGCGGAAGUCCCGCCGGGCUGCCGGUGCCCCGGGCCGCACCAUGAGCGACAUCCGCCACUCGCUGCUGCGCCGCGACGCGCUGAGCGCGGCCAAGGAGGUGCUGUACCACCUGGACAUCUACUUCAGCAGCCAGCUGCAGAGCGCGCCGCUGCCCAUCGUGGACAAGGGGCCGGUGGAGCUGGUGGAAGAGUUCGUGUACCAGGUGCCCAAGGAGCGCGGCGCGCAGCCCAAGAGAUUGAAUUCACUUCAGGAGCUCCAGCUUCUUGAAAUCAUGUGCAAUUAUUUCCAGGAGCAAACCAAGGACUCUGUCCGGCAGAUUAUGUUCUCAUCCCUUUUCAGCCCCCAAGGGAACAAAGCCGAUGACAGCCGGAUGAGCUUGCUGGGAAAACUGGUCUCCAUGGCCGUGGCUGUGUGUCGGAUCCCCGUGCUGGAGUGUGCGGCUUCCUGGCUCCAGCGGACGCCUGCGGUCUACUGUGUGAGGCUGGCCAGGGCCCUCGUGGACGACUACUGCUGCCUGGUGCCGGGCUCGGUGCAGACGCUGAAGCAGAUACUCAGCGCCAGCCCCCGCUUCUGCUGCCAGUUCAUCACUUCCGUCACCGCGCUUUACGACUUGUCCUCAGACGACCUCGUCCCGCCGCUGGACUUGCUGGAGACGAUCGUCGCCUGGAUUUUUGAGGACUCGAGGUUGAUUCUCAUCACUUUUUUAAACACCCCCAUCGCAGCCAAUCUGCCAAUAGGGUUUUUAGAGCUCGCCCCGCUCACCGGGUUGAUCCGCUGGUGUGUGAAGGCCCCCCUGGCUUACAAAAGGAAGCGGAAGCCCUCCUUGUCCAACGGCCACGUGGCCCCCAAAGCAGCCCCGGACUCGGCGGGGCCGGACAGGGACGCACACCUGUUGUACUCCAAGCUCCACCUCAGCGUCCUGCAGGUGCUCAUGGUGCUCCAGGCGCACCUCACCGAGAAGAACCUCUACGGGCGCCUGGGGCUGAUCCUGUUUGACCACAUGGUCCCGCUGGUGGAGGAGAUCAACCGGCUGGCGGACGAACUGAACCCCCUCAACGCCUCCCAGGAGAUCGAGCUCUCCCUGGACCGCCUCGCGCAGGCGCUGCAGGUGGCCAUGGCCUCGGGCGCGCUGCUGUGCACGAGAGAUGACCUGAGGACCUUGUGCUCCAGGCUGCCCCAUAAUAACCUGCUGCAGCUGGUGAUCUCGGGCCCCGUGCAGCAGCCGCCCCACGCGGCGCUGCCCCCCGGCUUCUACCCUCACAUCCACACGCCCCCGCUGGGCUAUGGGGCCGUGCCUGCCCACCCGGCCGCCCACCCCGCGCUGCCCGCACACCCCGGGCACACCUUCCUCUCGGGCAUGACAUUCCCGUUCAGGCCUAUCCGCUAGGCCGGCCCCACCGACCACCGAGUGGCACUGUGCCUUCUGCGCCGGGCGGAGGAGGACCCUCGGGAGGCGGCCAGCAGCCCCACCUCACCAGCAGCACUGUCGUGGGGCAGAAGUUCUGUGACGUCGCCGACCAGGUGCCGCCUGCCCGGCCGCAUUCGUAAGAGUCCAGAUGGGACAGACAGAAGGAGAAGGGUCCGGCGCUGUGCAGAGCGACGCCAGCAUCUUUAAAAGAUGCCGAUCCGUGACCCCGCCGCCCCGCGUGUCAUUUCAGACGCACACGCUCCGAGCCUGUGCUGCCGGGACGCGGGGGUGCGGCGCAGCACUUGCACGCCCACGUGCCUGGCUUCUUUCCCCGUGAGCGGGGUGUGUCCUGCCAUGAACACAGGCCGCCCGAGGACCCCGAGAGCUCCGCACCGAGCCCUGUGGCCCCAGGCUCAGGCCGGCACCUGGCUCCGCGCGGGAACCCGCAAGGAAAGGGGCUCCUCUGCCUCACUGGGGUC